CUUCUUCACUUCAUGUACUUUGUGUCUUCAACAUGUCAACAUAACAACAUAAACACUUGUUCAACUCAUUUUUAUUUGAAAGUUAACUUGUAAAUUUGGUUUAAUUGUUUUUUGAUCACAUGUUUAGUUAAAUAUAAUCCUCACUCAUCAAAGGUCAAGACGGACUUGAAGGUUAUCUCGCUUUUCAAUGGUCAGAUUGAUUCUGUGAAAAAAACAUCUACAAUGUCUUUCUAACUCUCAAAAUGUUUGGUCGAUACUCAAAUCAAAGAAUGACGACUUUUUUAGAAGACAUUGGUUCUUUGCGAAGGACUUUGAAAGCUGUGUUCUCCGAUGCUGGAAUGGGCGAAGACUUCGUCAAUUGUCAUGUUGAGUGGCAUCUUUUUACUAGUUGGAUGGAACACAUCUUCACAAACGCCAUUAAAGAAUUUCAACUUUUGCCAAUGGAUAAGUAUUUGGAAAAAUUCAACAGAGACCUUGAUUACCAUGAGAUUAUGGGUUUAAUCUUUAAAGAUGAACUUUUGUCCAAUGUUGUUGAAAUUUUAAUUGCUCAGAAUUUCAAGAGCAUCGAGACUGAAAAAUUUCGCAAAGACCUUGAUAAGUCAAGAAGGUAUCUUUCUAGAUCAUUGAAAGAGUCACAAAAAGAUAGAUUGGCCGAAGCUCUGGACAACAUUAACAAAGCGCUAUUAUUUGCUCCGUUUCCGAUGGACGGCGUUGAUCAUCAAAGUAAAUCCCAAUUAUCCUUUUGUCUGAUGACUCGAGCACAUUUGCUACGCAAACUGGGCCAUUAUAACGUCUGUGAAAAAGAUUUAAACGAUUCCAUGAAAUACUUUGCAUUGGGUAAAGUUAACAAUUACGAAAAAAAUAUUGCUGCUGAAUUGUUGACGCUACAAGAUUUAAAGACUCCUCCAACUGAAGCUGAAAGUGUUGCAAGAAGACUUGUAAACCUGAAUCCAGUUAGCGAGCGUAUUCAUGGAGCUGUUCCGUAUCUAAGCUUAUCGUAUGAAAAAAAUAAAGGUCGAAUAAUAAUUACUCAAAAUGAUAUCCAAAAGGGAACCAAGUUGCUUGUCGAAGAACCAUUUUGUACAUGGUUGGCACCUUUUCUUUACUCUCAAUACUGCUUCCGUUGUUUCAAUGUGUUGGACAAUUACUUUUUUCCUUGUCGCAAAUGUGUCCUUGUCCGUUACUGUUCAUCAGCCUGUGAAGAGGAAAGCUGGAAAUCGUAUCAUUCAUAUGAAUGCCAAUAUAUAUCUUUUCUUCGCUUUUUGGGUGCUGGACAUUUUGCUCUUCGAUGUUUAAGCGUCGACGGGCUUGAUGAAUCAAUUUCACUUUACCGAAAAUCUUUGCAAGAUAAGAGAAAAGAGCCAAAGCUUUCCAGGUCAUUUCUCAACAACUAUCAAGAUAUCUUUACAUUAAUGUCUAAAGAUAAUAAUUCAGCAAUGCUUCCGAAGUUGGCCUUUCUUUCAAAAUUUAUUGCUCAUUUAGCUUGUUCAAUGAGACUGGUUCAAGAUGGUGCUGUUUUUGAUUUAUCUUGCUUGCUUCUCAAACAGUUUGGAAUUGGAUAUUUGAAUUCAUUCUUCAUCACAGAUCAUGGUUAUAAUCAAUUAAAACUUCCUGGCACAUCUGUUGAUGAAGAUACUGCGAAAGAGAUUGGCAUGGGGCUUUACGCUUCAGCUUCUUUAAUAAGUCACUCCUGUGAUCCUAACUGUGAAAAGUAUUUUAUAUGUGAUAAAAUUUUGAUUCUUUCGAGAGCUCCAAUCGAGAAAGGAGAAGAAAUAACCAUUUCUUAUGGACCAAAUGCUGUUGUCCAUAGUUAUCAUCAGAGACAAGCUUUGUUAGAGAGCACUCAUGGUUUCAAGUGUUCCUGUAAAUUGUGCCUUAAACACGAAUAAUAAGCAAAAUUUAUCUGACUAGCUUCGAGAACCAAAAAGGCUAAUUUUAACUGGAUUGUAUUUUUUUCGAAAGCUUGAGACAGAUUUUUUUCACUACUUUUGAAUAUGAUAAUAGUUUUGCAAAAUCACGCUUCCAAUAGCCGUUACUUUAUUCCACAGCUGUAAUGGCCUUCAUUAUUAUACUCAUUAUUUUUCAUCUUUGUAUGCAUUAAACGAUUAAAUAACUAUAAUUUAUAAUA